AAGUGAAGUGAUAAAGAAAAGUUUGUUUGGACUACAGCUAUGGGUAUUAUUCCUAUAAACCCAAAAAUUGUGAAGUAUCGUUCACAAACAUUGUGAAAUCUAGGGAUUGCUUGCUUUUAACUUCAGCAGAAGCCAGAGGACACAAAAGUCCCAUUUCCUCAGCUACUCUUCACACUGGAUUACAACCUACUCUCAGACUCUUUUUUUCUCUCAGUCUCACAAGCACCUCACAAAAGAGGCUGCCUGUGUACAUGUAGGCAACACUAAUGCACAUAUAAGAAAACCCUGAGCCAUGAGGCAAAAUUCUUCCCUCCCACACAAAGCUCCACCAGUGUUAUGUGCACCUGUGUAAUGCCUGAAAGGUGUAGACAAGGCCAAAUCCCACUGUAUGGGAUUUCAUAUGAAUGCAGAAGUAAAAGUUGUUUGUUUUGUUGGCAGCAACAGUUAGAGAGAAAAGCCACUGUCGUGUGGCCGGAUGCAACAGUCACAUUCCUGUAUUUCAGGCCCCGUGAGCAGCCCACUGGAGGAUUUGCUCACACAAGCACAGCCUUUGGAUGCGGAAUCGCUGAAGACAAUGGGCAGGAGUAGGGUCCUGCUCCAGUAUCCAGUCUUAUCCACUAAGAUGAUCCUCAGUGGGAAAUUUAUACUGCAGGGGUUGGCUGUGACAGGCCACUGGAUCCAUAAUCCACAGCUGCAGGAAGAGAUGACAGACAACGUGCAGAUGAGCACAGCCAUGGUCUCACACUUGUUUGUAGCACUGCAGACAUUUCCCUGUGAAGUCCAGAUCACAACUCCUGGGCUCCCUCUCACACAUUCUCUUUUUUUUCUCCUCAGGACACAACUCCUCAUCCUUAGUGAUGACUGUAGGUAACAGCUCAGUUCUCAACUGCUCUUUCAAAGGAAAUAUAACUCUGCUUAAAUGGACAAUAAUCCCCAAGGCCGGAGGCCUGUGCACCUUGGUAUACAGGGCUGAUACGAAAUAGACACACAGAACAACGUGCAGUGACAACAUAAACUUGAUAUUCACAGCAGAUCUGCCUCCUGCCCUUGAACUGGGACUAGCCCAGGAGGGAAAUAACAGCUGUGGUGUGGCAUCAGCAGAAGGGAAUUUCCACAAAAGGUACCACCUGACCGUGCUGGCGCCCCCGAGGCUGAGCCUGUCCUGUGACGAGCAGGGCAGCCCCGUGUGCGAGGCAGCGGCGGGGAAGCCGCCGGCUCAGCUCUCCUGGGCCCCAGAGGGCAGCUCCACUGCAGAGGAGAGGUGCCACGACAACGGGACAGUGACUGUUCUCAGCAAGUUCACAGCAUGUAGCACCAGAGUCACCAAUGUGACCACCUGCAUGGUGUCCCACCCAGCUGGGAACUGGAGCCAGUCCAUAGCCUGCUGUCCCUCAGGGAAGACUGGAUUCUUUCUUCCCUGUGUCAUCAGCCUUAUCGGCCUUAUGAGUCUCCUGUUCUUGCUCGCUGCUUUUGAGCUCUACAUCUUCUUUAAUAGCUGUGUCAACACCAUGACCAGUGGCAACUACUUCUAG